CUCUUAGACGCGUAUAUCAGCACCGAGAUGGGAAUGCAAGCCCAGGCGGCAUCCAUUGAUUUCCUGAGCAAUCAGACUCAAUUGGAUGAUGAGGAGCCACUGCUACUCACCGGCGAUGUCAAGACCGGUCUUGUGCUCAUCGACGUCGUCAACGGAUUUUGCACAGUCGGAGCCGGCAACCUGGCUCCACAAAAACAUGAUGAACAAAUAGCUGGAAUGGUGGAUGAAUCAGUGAAGCUUGCUAAAGUGUUCUGUGAAAAGAAAUGGCCGAUUUAUGCUUUCCUUGACAGUCAUCAUCCCAACAUCCCUGAGCACCCAUAUCCUCCUCACUGCAUAAUUGGAACUGAUGAGGCAGAAUUGGUUUCUGCUCUCAAGUGGCUGGAGAAUGAACCUAAUGUGACGAUUAGGCGUAAGGAUUGUAUUGAUGGAUUCGUCGGUUCUCUUGAAAGUGAUGGCUCCAAUAUAUUUGUAAAUUGGGUGAAAAGCAAUGAGAUCAAAGCUAUAUUGGUCGUGGGAAUAUGCACAGACAUAUGUGUUCUAGAUUUUGUCUCUUCAGCGUUAUCUGCAAGAAAUCAUAGGGUUCUCUCCCCGUUGAAAGAUGUGAUAGUGUAUUCACGUGGCUGUGCUACUUAUGAUCUUCCAGUUCAUGUUGCUAAAAACAUCAAAGGGGCCUUGGCUCAUCCCCAGGAGUUGAUGCAUCACAUAGGGCUAUACAUGGCAAAGGGAAGGGGAGCAAAGAUAGUUUCACAAGUCUCACUUGGGACUCCACAUUAAACCUGAUCAUCAGUUUUUCAGGAAUUCAGUUUCGUAUAAUUGAAGAGGGAUACUUCUCCUUCUGCACAGAUGUUUUAACACCUGUUUUGUUGUCCCUAUCAAUCUAGCAUAAGAUGACCUCACCUUGGAACUUGGCUGCUUGAUGACUGCUGAAUUGGAUUUCUUCGCCUUCCACUCCUUCCCUUAGGGCUCUUGUGAUUUCCUCCUGAAUGUGACACAAAGACGAAAACCUGCCUUUCAGCUCAUCCUUUAGCAACACACUUUGGUCUAACCACACUGUCAGCUCAGUGUGUAUCUCCCUAAGGUGUUUGAAUAUGGGCCGAACCUCCGAUCUUAGAUCUUGUGAGUGACCACUGCCUUCUGCAGUUUUCUUUUCUUUGACUUUGGAUAACUCAUGCUGCAAGUCUUGUACAGUAGUCUUGAAUUUUUGUAUCUGAUGAAAUGAAGAGCUGAACCUUAACCAGAAAUCCAGAUUUUCAUCUAGAAUUGCAUCAAUUUCCACGCGGAGCUUUUCUUCAACAGGGGAGAUGUGAGCAGGUUUGUUCAUCAAGGCUGGCAAUAUGAAACAAUCUUCACCAUCUUUUGUCAGAGGAGGACUCUCUAUAUCUUCUUGCCUUCCUUUUGAGGAAUCGAGGUUUGAUUCUGGUUCUUCCUUUGGUUCUUUUUUUCCAGGACAAUCUGCUGAAAAAGAAAUGUUCGCUCUCUGAUGUAACUGUUGAAUCUCCUCAUCCCUUUUUGCGAUUGCACUUUUUAAUUCACUUAUUUGCAAAGUGAAUUCAAACUCGUUGUCUCUGUCCUUCUUCUCCAUUUCUGCCAACUUCUUUUUGAGAUCUUUGUAAUUCCUAAGUACUGUUGUAUACUCUUUUAGUAUAAAUUUUUCUUUGUCUCCCAUCCCAGUUAACAUCUCGUGCCAAUUUUGCUCUUCAUCCAUAUCCAAAUUUAUUUUCUGCUCAUUUUUGGAACCCCUAUCUUCAGAUUGAGGUGAAGUACUUGUCUCAACCAGCAUUCUAUCCACAGGCGAUAAGUGUUCACUCUGUGAGUUUUUACCUUCCUCAUCUUUUUUAGUAACAGCUGCGUUGGAAUCUCCCUCAACUUCCUCUUCCCCUUCUUUUCUUUCACUCUUGGUGGAGGGUAAGGCACAUUCGGCGGAACCUUCUAUAAGGUCUGUUUUCUUUACAAUGUUUUGAUCUGGUUGAAACCCCUCAACAACAGAUUCUGUUUCACUCUGUGGUGAAUAUGUAUCCCCGUCCUCGUCCUCAUCCUCGUCCUCCUCGUCUGGUUUCACAUUAUUUAGUUUCUCAGACAAAUGGCUUAAAUUAUCACAUGCCACAUCAAUGUGUUUCCUAAGCCUGCUGCUAUGAUUUUCAAGGUUUUGGUUUAGGCUCUGAAUGUCCCUCCACUUGUUCUCUAUUUCUUUAACAUGGUGAUUUUCUUUGGAAGUGGUUUCUGUAUUGUUGUCUCCCUCCAACCUUCGGACAGUUGCUUGAAAAUCAUUGGCUUUCUCUCUCAAUCUGUCAACUGUGAGUGUUUGGGUAGAAACUAUGUUUUCUAGGUCUACCACUUUGUUCACAAGCUCAUCAAUCUUCUCAACUAGUUCAGUGACAGUCAAGGCUCCUGUGGGGUCCCCAUGAUCAAGCUGUUCUUCCUUGAUUGAUUCUUGACCAGAGUUUACUGAUAUGGAAGUGAGUUUAUCACUUUCCUUCAUUUCAUCACUGUCAGUUUUGAGCGAUCUCAGCCGCAUGCGAGCAUAAAAGUCUUUAACCUUCAUGUAUUCUUUUUCUGCAUCCUGUGACACUCUCUCGUGCUUCUCCCGCAAUUGGGCCAAGGUCUCACGGCACGAUUUCAGGGCGGUUUCGGCCAUUAACGUGCGUGCUACGUCAUCUUCAAUAGCCGUCCUCACAUCAAACUCGUCCUGCAAAGCGCAAACCCUCUGCUGCAUCUCUGAGAUCUGGUCCUCAAUUCCCCUGCACUUGGCCAGUCCAGUCUGUGGCUUGUGUGAUGGUGAGCCCAGACU